GGUCAGCUACUGUCAUUCAAUGACUACAGUACAAGAUGGUCUUCCCUAUAGAACUGCGGAAGCAUCCUCGUCAUCUGAAGUACAAUCUGAACUUAUUAGAAGAGAUACAACUAACGACCACCCUCUCAAAGAUGUAGAUCCUGAUGAGUUUGAAGCUUUGGCUAAAUAUGCUAUGAUGCCAAAGGGGGUCGCUCUAGCAGCGUUUUCUCGGCCUAGCAUUGAUAGAAAUGCUCCACUUCCUGAUAUUAAAUUUGAGUCCAGAAAUCGUGAAGAUUCUACCAUUAGCCUUGAAAGUUUAGAUCUGGACCUACCUCCGCUUGAUGCUUACAAAGUGGAAACAGUUGCCUUUCCUAAAAGUCCUCAAGAGCUACGGCAAAAGUUGGAGGCAUCAGGAGUGCCAUUGCCGUUAGAAUACAGUUCUCCAGUUUCAAGUUCAGAGACUUCUAUCUGCUGCGAUAGGGAUGAGGAUGAAGAGGAUAGGUCCAUGUACCAAGCAUAUCUGUCCCCCGACUGCAACAAUGUUCAGUUAAAAAAAGAUCCGCUCUAUCAAGGAUCUGAAAGCUUACCUGGAUCGAGCUUAAGCAGAAGACGGAAAAUAAAAGUUACUGCGGAUGUCCUUAGUUCUGUUGCAACUGAUACUGAUACUGCAACAGACACUACAUUAACAGAACAAAUGUAUACAGCUCGGGAUUCUUCUGCUUCACCUGGUGGGAGUGAUACCGAAUUAGACGAUACAUUUAUGCCUGAAAUGGACUCACCUGAUGAAUUAGAAGACUCCAUUCUUGAGUGUCUUGACAAUGUUGAGAUGACGCCUGAAGCUAUUCCCGAACUAACAGCUGCUGAAGAGCGAAGUGAGGCAAGACACUGGAGGACAGUGACAGUUGCCGGUGAUGAGCGAAGAAUUGAUAUGAAGGUUAUUGAGCCUUACAAACGAGUUCUCUCUCAUGGUGGUUAUUUAUCAGCUGGGUGCCACAAUGCUAUCAUUGUUUUCAGUGCAUGCUUUCUCCCAGACAAAAGCAGAGUUGAUUAUGAUUAUGUCAUGGAUAAUUUAUUCCUGUAUGUUUUAACCACUUUAGAUCAACUGAUAACAGAGGACUAUGUUUUAAUCUUCCUUCAUGGGGCAACUCGACGAAGUGUUAUUCCAACAUUUCCCUGGAUUAAAAGAUGCUAUCAGUUAAUCGAUCGUAGACUUCGCAAAACACUUCAAGGAUUGUAUAUUGUCCAUCCAACAUUUUGGCUUAAAACUCUUGUUGUUAUGACAAAGCCGUUUAUUAGCUCUAAAUUUAGCAGGAAACUACGGUUUGUUAACUCACUUGAUGAGUUGUACGAUCUACUGCCCUUGGAGCAUGCUAGCAUUCCUGAUAAAGUCAAAAAAUAUGAUGAAAUCAAACGAUCUAUGAGACAGGGUUCAAAUCUCUCACAGACAAAUAGGGUGUAAUAUUAUUUUAUCAGAAGAAAUUAAGGUAGUCCUAUUUGCCUUGACUUGGGCAUUUUGCAUAGGUGGUGUACUUAAAAAGGAAAAACUAGUCAUAUAUUAAAUUCUUUGCCUGUUUUAGGCAUCCAUACAUGUAAAUGAAUACAGUGUGAUUGUUGAUUAAAUGUUCCUAUUGCAUGUGAAGUGAGUCUUAAGCUUUAGAAUUGAUUGGUGCCCUCUGAUUUGCUUUUUCAUUUUGCUGAUAUUUCCAAUCUUACUGCGUGUCUCUGGUUCUGGUAAAUUUUAUUAACGUACGUACCAUGUUAACCUAGGGUAAAGACCCCAACACUUUUCUCUUUCCACGGCCAAUAUCCAUGAAAAAGGUGUUUUUUUAAUAUAUUUUAUCAUUAUAAGACCCAUCCAUACUCUGCUAAUAAAUUUCUAGGAGGCAAGGGGGAGGUCUUAAUGUUCCAGUAGAUUCAGUACUUCAACUAUGUUUUUUUUUUUUUAGUUCCUAGUAUUUUGUUUGUGCCACUCCUGUUUGAAAAAUUAUGCAAAGUCAUUGUGAAUGUACUUUUGCUACUUUUCUCCCUUUAGACUCGUUAUUUUUAUUAAGUUGGAUAAUGAGUUGAAGUUGUCAGUAUUUUUAAUAAUAGUGAUUUACUUGGUUGUGUUCAUGAGAAAAAGAAAUAUUUUUGAGGUAGUAAAUGCACUGUAAAGAUUACUUCUGUAUACUUUUACUCUAGUAUGUAGUGGUAAAUUUUAAAUUUCUAGAAUACUCUUAUUCUAGAUUUGUUGUUGGUGUUAGAUAUUAUUUUUUUUCCAUUGUGUGGUGUGAAAUAUGUGUGCUAUGUCUCCAAUGAUCAUCCUCAAAGUAGUUUACGCCAUGCAAACACUUGUCGAUUCCUCGAAAGAACCUUGUUGAAUAAUUAGUACAAGAACUAUAAUUUAAAUUGUUACUAAAUUUGCUCAGCUCUUGUAAAAUUCUUUGCACCAAAGUACAAAUUACAAUGGCAGCUAUUACAGCUAUCUUUAAAAUUUAUGAGAAAUACACUUACUGUACAGAAAAAUUGGUGGAAACAAUACAGAUAACAUUAUUUGCCAUGUCUUGCGCUGUAAUACUUUGUUCCAUUCAAUGUUGAUGCUCUUGCAUGUUUAGUCAACAGCGCAUUCACAUUCAUCUUGCUUGUGGUCAAACGCCUGGAAAUAAAAUGAGUUACAAAGGA